CAAUUGUGUGAAGAAUUACUAACUUUUUUUCGUCAAAAUCCAGUCAACUCCACACUACUCAAGCAGUCAACCCCAAGUCAUCUCAGUUUUCCCAGUCCAUGGUUCUAUUUCCACUCGAUUCUGAAUCAGCUAAAAAAUCACGCCAUCUACAUAAUUCUGACACCAAAAACUUCUCAGCUGAUAAUUCAAGUCAACAUUCUGACGUAAAACGCGCUACGACUGUUCGCUCUUCUAAUGCAUUUUCAGCAACCGAAUCCCAGAACACUGACAAUCAGAAACGUUUUAAGCCGUCUCGUUCUGAGUAUUCCGAUAAGUUUUCUGUCUUGAAUCACCACAAAUUUCCUCAAAAAUCUAGGGAAGUGGCACGUUCAAAUGUUUUAUUUUCUCCGAGUCCUGAAAAAUCACCUCGCUUACAACCUAUUCAAAUACCAAAAGUAUUUCGUUCACCGAUUUCAUCAGAAGAUGAAGUGAAAACCACUCAAGACUGUAAUAAGUCUUCGAACCAAGAUCAUAGUGGAUCUUUUGGCCGAAAUUCUACUCGGGAAGAGGAUCCAAAAUAUGUAUGGAAUAUUCCUUCAGCUAAAAAAAAGGAGUUAAUUGAAAACUCAGAUGUUUACAUCCGUGAAGUCGAUUUAAAUUAUAUCAAAGUGAAGUUUCGUCAUGAUCCUGCUGAAAUGGCGCGACGACUCUUCAAAUCGAUAAUUGGAGAAGACCGAUUAUGUACUAUGAGCCGUACUGGUGGAAACGGGAGGCAGCCAUUACCCUCAGACGUUAGACAAACAGUUUACGGUAUAUAAAUAUGUCCGUAUAAUUUUUUUUUAUAUACGG